CAGUCCCAAAACAACACGCACACGGCCAUCCCGUCCUUCCAUUUCUUCCGUCACGCUCCGUCCCCGGAAGGAAGGGACGCGGACCAGAGACGCCACCACUACCUCGAGCACACGCAUCUCACUGCGCCCCGCCCAGCCCCGCCGGAGUCACUCGCAUUUCCCGGCCAACCGCCAACGUACCGGUGAAAUGGCGGCCGUCGCUAGAGCGCGCGCGGCGGCCCUUUUGGGGGGCCUGCGGCGGCUGGCGACGUCGGCGGCGGAGGCGGAGAGGGAACGCGGGGCCAUGUGGGAGCUCUCGGCGGCGAGGGAGUACUACGACUACCGCAAGUCCAUCUACGGCGACGUCACCCACCGCGCCCUACUCGUCGACGCUGUCGGCACCCUCCUCGUCCCCGCCCAGCCCACCGCCCAGGUGUACAAGAGCAUUGGGGAGAAGUAUGGAGUGAAAUACUCUGAAGAUGAGAUAUUGAGGAGAUAUCGGUGGGCGUAUGAGCAACCAUGGGACAGAUCACGGCUCAGGUAUGUGGAUGAUGGAAGAGCCUUUUGGCAAUACAUAGUCACAUCUUCUACAGGGUGCUCAAACUUGGAGUACUUUGAGGAACUAUACAAAUACUAUAUGACAGAAAAUGCUUGGAAGCUCUGCGAUCCUGAUGCUGAACAUGUGUUUGAAGCUAUCAGAAAGACUGGUGUUAAAACAGCUGUUGUCUCCAAUUUUGAUACCCGUCUACGGCCACUUCUACAGGUCCUGAAAUGCGAUCACUGGUUUGAUGCAGUUGCCGUGUCUGCUGAGAUUGCAGCAGAGAAGCCAAACCCAACAAUAUUUUUGAAGGCCUGUGAGCUCUUGGGUGUCAAACCUGAAGAAGCUGUGCAUGUUGGAGAUGAUCGUAGAAAUGAUAUAUGGGGGGCUAGAGAUGCGGGCUGUGACGCAUGGCUUUGGGGCAGUGAUGUUCACUCUUUUAAGGAGGUCGCUGAGAGGAUUGGAGUUGAUGUGACAGGUGUGAUCGAAGCUGGUUCUCCUCCCGAGCAAUGAGUAUCCAGGAGUGCUGUCGUGAUGUACAUAGGUAAAUAGCAGUGGCCCAUCCUUCACUAAUGUAGAAGCUUUGACCUGUCCAGAGUUGAGGCAUUUCCCCUGUCUUAGUUGUCAUAGACUCAUGGUGAACUCGGUGUUUCACUAACAAUUCUACUGGUAUAUGAUCGUGUCUUCUCCGAUACUGUUGAUCUGACUGGGCUGAGUGGCCACCUUUUCCCC